AUGGCUCAAGCUAUGGCAUCAUCAAUGGCUGGUUGCUUACGUGGUUGUUCAUCUCAAACUGUGUUAGAAGGAAGCCUUCAAUUGAGUGGACCAAACAGGUUGAGUUUGUUGCAUGGAAACACCAACAGCGUUAACAAGGUUUCAACACGUUCAUCAGUGACGGUUAGAGCUCAGCAACAGGAAAGUAGUCGAAGGGCUGUGAUUGGUCUUGUUGCUACUGGUUUGGUUUCUUCUUCUUUUGUUCAAGCUGUUUUUGCUGAGGCUAUUCCUAUUAAAGUUGGUGGCCCUCCUCCACUUUCUGGUGGCCUUCCUGGAACAUUGAACUCUGAUGAAGCAAGAGACCUAAAGCUACCAUUGAAAGAAAGGUUCUUUAUUCAACCAUUGCCACCUACUGAAGCAGCAGCAAGAACUAAGGAAUCAGCAAAGGAAAUUGUUGCUGCUAAGAAGUUCAUUGACCAGAAAGCCUGGCCAUUUCUUCAGAACGAUCUCCGUCUCAGGGCUGGCUACCUUCGAUAUGACCUUAAAACUAUCAUCUCUUCCAAGCCUAAGGACCAGAAACAAUCCCUCAAAGAACUCACUGAUAAGCUCUUACUGGAUAUCAGCAAUUUGGAUCAUGCAGCAAAAAUUAAGAGUCCCUCAGAAGCAGAGAAGUACUAUGCAAUAGCUGUAUCUACUCUGAAUGAUGUUCUUAGCAAAAUUGCUUAA